UCGGAAGAAGUCAUUCAUCAGUCAGCCAACAGUCUCCCCCAAACUAGACCUCUCGGCAAGGUGUCUGGCCGCCGCCGUCGCGGUACGUCUCCCCGGUAGACAGUCCCUCCAUCCCCUCACCCACGUGACCUCACCUUGAUACCUCCAGCUGACAGUAGCAGUGAAGCAGUAGUAGUAGUGGGUCAUGGCGACGAGUGCGAAACGAAAACAGGAGGACACACAUCUGAAGAUGCUCCGGGAGAUGACCAGCCUUCCCCCGAAUCGGAGAUGCUUCGACUGCGACCAACGUGGCCCGACCUACGCCAACAUGACCGUGGGCUCGUUCGUCUGUACCACUUGCUCUGGGGUCUUGCGAGGGCUGAAUCCCCCACACAGAGUAAAGUCCAUCUCUAUGACCACAUUCACACAGCAUGAGAUCGAGUUCCUACAGAAACACACCAAUGAGGUCUGUAAACACAUCUGGUUGGGUCUCUAUGACGACAGGACCUCAGUUGUUCCUGACUUCCGGGAACCGCAGAAAGUGAAAGAAUUCCUUCAAGAGAAAUAUGAGAAGAAAAGAUGGUAUGUCCCCCCGGAGCAGGCCCGGCCAGUGUCCACCGUCCAGGCCGGCGUGUCGGGCUCCUCGGCCAGCAGCACCGGCAGCACCCCGGAGGUCCAGCCCCUCAAGACCCUGCAGCUCACCAAGACCCCCCCACGCCAGUCUCCUGGACUGGGUCGCACCAAGGUGCACCUCGGUGGGCAGGAGAAGAAGUUUGACCUGCUGUCUGCCCUGGGAGGGGACAUCUUUGCCGGUCCGCCCGCGCAAGCCGCCGGCUCGGCCAACUUUGCCAACUUUGCACAUUUUCCGACGCAAUCAGCUGCCUCUCAGGGUCAUUCAAAUGCCAACUUUGCCAACUUCGAGGCUUUUGGAAACUCUGGAAUCCCAUCCCAUCUGAGCACGUCACCCUCCACCUCAUUUUCGUCAGGGGAUGGAAUUCCCAUCCCCUCCAUCUCCAGUGUGGUUCCCUCCCAGUGCCAGAUGGGCAGCUCCUCCGAGGACCGCUACGCUGCCCUGGCUGAGCUGGACAACCAACUCAGCUCCUCAGCCCCCACCGGCAGCAAUGUCCAAGGGAAUGUCUUUGGACCGGUGUUGGGAAGCUCGCCCGCACAAACUCAAUCCGUCUUACCCAGCAUGCAACAUGGCUUCGGAGCGGUACCUUCCACAAACCCCUUUGUUCCCUCAGCCGUCGCCCCAGAGAUGGCCAACAAUCCUUUCCAGAGCAACGGCAGGCCUCCUCCUCCAGCCUCUUUCGCGACUGGCUCUAUGAGCAUGCCUGCUGGCUUUGGGAAUGCCUCCUCCUACUGCCUCCCGACCAGUUUCAGUGGAAGCUUCGGGCAGCCCUUCCCUGGCCAGGCCCCAGGCCCCUACCCCCAGCCCGGGGCCUACCACCCACAACCCAAUGGCCCUGUUUACCCCAUGUACGGUCACACCAAGCCCACCAUGGCCCCCUUUGGCCAGGCUGGGGCCGGCCAUGGCCUGUCUAACAACCCCUUCAUGGCCUCUACUGGAGCGUUCUCUGCUGGAGGAUCCUCCAGCAACCCCUUCCUGUAGCACACCUUCCAGUCCCCGCCACCGGGGGGCAGCAUGCAGCACAUACUCUACGCUCCCACAUACUGUCUCGCACAGCUAGGGACAGUACAUUUUCUCAAACAAAAAGACUAAUAAUCAAAGAUUUUUUAUUUUAUUUCUUAGAGAAGAAGAAAAAACGUUUACAUGAACACGAUGAAGGAAUUAUAAAGGACUAUUACUCAAGACUUAAGGGUGGGGAGGGGAGGGAGGGUAAUUAUAUACCCUAUGGACUAUAUACAGAACUCUAUACUCUUUAUUUCUUUGUCUAUGCACGUAAGGUCGUAGUGCAUAUCCUAAUUUGUAAUCGCUAUUAUGUACAUGUUAUGUGUCUGGAACUUGGACUGGGUUCACCAAGGUGUGUUGAGCUCCAUGCCUUGGGGAGAUGGCCACUACAAUGUAUAUUUUAAAUUACUAAGGCUGUAUACCUUAAGCUUUUUAUUUUCCUUGAGAAGGGUUCCUGCCAAAUCUGCCAUCACUCUGGACCUUUUUAGAAAUGUGUGUCGUUUUGAGAGUACGUUUUGUCCCCCAGUGUGGAGACAAACCGGGGAUGAUGAUGGUGAACAAGUGUCAUAGAUUGUUUUCUCUUUAACAAAAAAAACGUGCCCUCAUUUUAUUUUAGAAGAACGUAGCUCUAUACAACGUGCCUGGAAGGCCUAUAUACAAUGCCUGCCGGCUCUAUCUAACUAUAGAACUGUCCUAUAUAUAUAUAUAUAUAUAUAUAUAUAUAUAUAUAUAUAUAUAUAUAUAUAUAUACGGCCUGUGGAGAUUUUAAAAAGGGAAAAUCUGAAUUCGAAGAUCAUCCCUGGUACGAGGGUCUGGCGUAUGUUUUGUUUCAGCACAAAAGCCCAGGUAACAUGAGACUUAAUGAGGCCAAGUGAAAGAGAAGGGCGUCUUUUAUGAACUUACCUGCAUGGAGUUAUGAACACCAAUCAAGCUUCCUCAUGAUUUCUUUACCCCCUGACGUGUGUGUGUGUGUGUGUGUGUGUGUGUGUGUGUGUGUGUGUGUGUGUGUGUGUGUGUGUGUGUGUGUGUGUGUGUGUGUGUGUGUGUGUGUGUGUGUGUGUGUGUGUGUGUGUGUUUUAACGUGCAGCACUUCAGGAGGUUCACCAAUUACACUGAGGUGAGGGUAAGACUGUCUUGUAACGGUCUCAGGGUCGUUGGGGGUAACCUAGGUAAUCUUUCUGCCAGAAUAGGUCACCACGUACAAGUUGCUGAAAUUGCUAAAGGCAAAAAUGGCAGAGAAUGAGGGGUUAAGCAGUCGAGGAUUGGAAAAUGACCAUAUACAGAAUUUCCGUCCAGUUCUUUUUUGGCAUCAUGAAUUGUGAUAAUAAUUGACCAAGCUGUUUCUCUGCUCUUCUCUGACAGAAAAAAACAGUUUAUUCCUUUUCUUCAACUUUCAGACAAUUAGCUUGAAAGUUAGGCGAGCGGAGAGGACCCUGUUAGAAGCUAGUGCCUGAGCCUCUGGGAAUAUGCCAGUGAUGACUAACAUUGGAUUUGACAAAAUGUUACUUGUUUUUACACGAAUGGUUAAGUCGUUGUGUACAUAUAUAAAUAUAUGUAUAAAUAAAUUAAAGAUUUUUAACUACA